AUGGUUAUACCAGCAAAAAAUCCCUUUGCCAACACAGCUUAUUCCACUGAGGCAAACUACCAGCAGAAAGAGGCUUCUGCUGACAAAAAGGGCAUCCCAAAUGAAAAGGACACCCCGGUCCAUUCCGCCACCACGCCAUUUUCCACCCCCAAACCUCCUCCGACGGGGCUGCCGGCGGAGCCGAGCACUCCGCCCUUCCGCUGCACCGAGCGCAGACCGGUGCCCGGCGCCGACUUCGCCGCCAAAAGCGGCGUUUUGUCAAAUUACCUCCUAAUUCAGCAGCCGCCCAACGCCGCCGCCGGAACGGCGCUCCGGAUGCCCUCUGCCCGGCUAACGGGAACCGAGAGCCCCCGAGCAAGCUGCAGCUUUAGAAAAACGCGGUUCCCGACCGCGACCGGUUCCCCCGGGCAGCGGCCCAGCGGGGAGGGAGAGAGCGCCGUGCCGUGCCGGGCCGCCGCUCCGCGGGAAAGGACGCCCGGACCCGCGUAUGGGGAAGAAGCCAGCGGCAGGGACGACGCCCGCCACCCUCACCCAGACCCGGACCCGCCGCCGCCCCACCCCCGCCCCAGCGACCCCCGCCAUCAGCGAGCCGUGGUUCAUUUUUGGGGUGCCCUCCGGGAUGGCGGGUCACUCUACAAAGGGUCUUACGAGGGCUGGUACUGCACUCCCGAGGAGUGCUUCCUGCCCGAGAGCCAGCUCGCCGAGCACAGGGACGCCCAGGGACGCCCGUGCAAGGUGUCGUUGGAGAGCGGCCAUCAGGUGCACUGGACCAAAGAGGAGAAUUACAUGUUCAGGCUCUCGGCGUUCCGGGAUCCGUUGCAGAAGUGGCUCCGGGACAACCCACGUGCCAUUUCCCCUGACCCUUUCUACCAUUGCGUGCUCCGCUGGCUGGAAGAGGACUUGCCAGACUUGUCCGUCUCUCGUGAGAGAAGUCGGCUGCCGUGGGGUAUCCCUGUCCCCUGUGACUCAACACAAACUAUUUAUGUAUGGGUAGAUGCCUUGGUGAACUAUCUGAGCGUGGUGGGCUACCCUGAGACACACGGUGAGUGGUGGCCUGCUGCGCACCAUGUUGUGGGCAAGGACAUCCUCAAGUUUCAUGCUGUCUACUGGCCAGCUCUGCUGAUGGCAGCAGGGCUGGCCCCCCCCGAGCGAAUCUUUGUGCACUCCCACUGGACUGUCCAUGGGCAGAAGAUGUCCAAAAGCCUGGGCAAUGUGAUUGACCCCUUUACUUGUAUUGGACAGUACACGUUAGAUGGAUUUCGGUACUUCCUGCUAAGGCAGGGUGUACCUGAGCGGGAUUGUGACUAUUAUGAUGAGAAGGUUGUUAAGCUAGUGAAUUCAGAACUGGCAGAUGCGCUUGGGGGGCUUCUGAAUCGGUCGACAGCCCUCAGCAUUAACCCCAGCAACACUUACCCUUGUUUCUCAGAGUCUUGUUUUCCAAAGGCCUUGGAUUACAGGGGGACAAAAGGCAUGGGUAGGGCUUCUGCUGAAGACUAUGAGUUUGUGGCAUCUGUGGCUUCUCUGCCUCUGCAGGUGGCUAGUUACUUUGAAGGUUUCCAGAUCUACAAGGCUUUAGAGUGCAUUGCCCUGUGCGUAAGGCAGACCAACGGUUUCUUCCAGAGACACAGGCCUUGGAAACUUGACCGAAAGGACCCUGCAGAGCAGCUCUGGCUUGACACCAUCAUCCACAUUACGCUGGAAUGCCUGCGUGUCUAUGGGACUCUCCUGCAGCCCGUGAUCCCACACACUGCAGACAAGUUGCUUUCCAGGCUGGCUGUUGAGCCAGAAGAGAGAGGUCUCUCAAGUUUGACAUUUCUGCCACGCUACCAUGGGAAGCCAUGUCCCUUUGAAGGGAGACAGCUUGGGCCUGACACUGGCAUCUUAUUUCACAGACUAGAGAAGUCAAGACAGCAUCAGAUAGAAACAAAGAAGCUCUAGUCUCUGAUAAAGAGCUUCUGUAAAUAAAAGCCUCCGGGAACUCCCGGAAAAUGUCGUCUUUGUUAAAAACAUGUUCCCCCUGUCUCUUGGUGGUGGUAUAAAGUGGAGGAGUGGAAAACCGGACUGAGCAGGGCUAUCCUGUCCUGCCUAGGUGGCUGGCAUAGGUCUCUGCCCAAUGGAAGCAGACACACUCAGGCAGAUUGGUUGCGUGAGCGGGGCCAAGAGCUAGGACAGCUUCUUGGGUAACACCCUUGAAGGAACACCUAAUCAGCUAAGUUGGUAACAGAAUGAACUGAAGAUAGAGCCUAGGGUUUGAAUGUUGCUGCUUUUUUUCCCCUGAUGUAUUUUAUGGGACAUAAAAAGCAGCUGAGGCAAAUAUUUAUCCCCUUACAAUAGGGAACUCUUCCUAUACAGUCUUGGGGCUCCACUAGAGAGCCCUCUUGCCUGUGUCUCAUAUCUUUACUUCCUGGCCCCUUUAACCUUUUCUUUUCUGAUGUGAGGACUGGGUCAGGUGCUCUGCUGAGGACAUUUUAAAGAUGAAUGUGGCAGCUGAUCUGCUCAGGAAUCUUUUCCAGAGACAUCAACUCCCCAAUUUGCU